CUUAGCUGAAAGGGACCGCGUUAACAAAUCAGUGUUAUACUCCGUGAGCUGUGUGUUGUGAGUUAUCAGCUGUCUGUAACAGAGGAUGCAGCGUGAGAGCUAACAGAGGCCCCCCUGUUGUCUGAUGUGUGUCACAUUUCUAGCAUCUGAGUCAAGAUGAACAAUUACAGAAAGCAGAUGGCAGAGCAGUUCCUGAGUCAGGCCCUGGACAUCAUCUGCCUGCUGACCGGAGAGGAAUAUGUCAUUGUGAAGAAGAGUCCCUUCCACAGCAGCGUUCACCAGCAGAGCAGAGAGGUGCCUAUAAAGUGUGAUGAUGUUGCUGUGUAUUUCUCUAUGGAGGAGUGGGAGUAUAUAGAGGGACACAAGGAGCUUUAUAAGGAUGUCAUGAUGGAAACUUGCCAAGCAUUAUGGACUAUGGAGAUCCCAGGAAACGAGAGCUCAGAACUAACAGGUCACAGUGAUGAAAAUCUAUACACAGGAGCUGCAGAACUGGUACAGAAUAUUCAGCCAGUGGAGACCCCAUCAGAUGUCUCUGCAGAACUAACAGGUCACAGUGAUGAAAAUCUAGACACAGGAUCACAUGGAGACCUUGUACAGAAUAUUCAGCCAUCAGAUGUCUAUGCAGACGACAUUAAUACUGACGUAUAUGUUAAAACAGAAGAUCUGAGUGUAACGUGUCAGCUGAAAGCUCCAAUGCAAGAAAUGUGUUACAGUAACAAUGAAGGUGAAAACGAUGCUAAGAUUUCAUGUAACAUGGAAAAAACUGAAGAUCAGUGGCUAAGAAAUAUGCCAGAAGCUGCAGAGCGGGAAAUUUGUGCCAAUAUAAGUACAGGUGAGUGUGUGUGACAUGUCUGAGAGAUGCAGGGUGCAGGUGAGUGUACGUUUGUGACAUUUCUGUGGGACGCAGGGUGCAGGUAAGUGUAUGUGUGUGACAUGUCUGAGGGAAGUAGGGCACAUGUGAUUGUAUGUGUGUUAUAUGUCUGUAGAAAACAGUGCAUAGGUGAGUGUGUGUGUGUGAUGUGUCUGUGGAACAGUGAGUGUGUGUGACGUGUCUGUGGAAAACAGCACAGGUGGAGUGUACAUGUAUGACAUGUCUGUUGGAAGGAGGGGAUAGGAAAGCAGUUUACAUGUGUGACACUUCAGAGGGAUGUAGGGCAAAGUGAGUGUUUGUGUGUCAUGUUUGUGGGAAGCAAGACCCAGAUAUUGUAUGUGUGCCACAUGUGAGGGUUGCAGGGCAGAGGUGAGUGUACGUGAGAAAUGUGUCUGCGGGAAAUAGGACACAGGUGAGUGUACAUGUAUAACAUGUUUGAGGCACACAGGACAUAGGUGAGCAGUGACGUGCUGUCAUAGGAGGC